AUGAAACAACUCACUCAUUUGAAAAUUAAUAAUUUUGGAAAUGAUGAUGAGGAAAAAGAUAUUAUUGGAAUCGAUUUAUUUAUUGAAGAUAAGGUGAAUUUGGAAUAUUUAGAAAUGGAAGGAUAUCGAUUCAAACAAACGAAUUUUUUAACAAACGGAAACCUUAAGAAUCUAACAUUUCUGGAUGUUAACAAUUCUAGUAUGAAAAAUCAAGAUUUUGCAAAUUUGAUUGUUUCUCCCAAUUUACCAAAACUUACAACACUCAAAGCUAACAAUUUAUAUCACGAUGAAACUGUUGCUACAUUUCCUCCAAAUAGUCAAAGUUCGGUAACUUAUUUGGAUAUCAGAUAUUGUGAACUUGUGCUAUUUCCAUCACUCUUGGAUCAUUGUCCAAAGCUAAAGAAACUAAAAGUUCUUCCUGGUGGUGAGGAUGAAUACAUUUCACUGAAAGAGCUUCUCAACAUGAUGAAGUCUCCUAGCUUAUCAAAUUUGGAAUAUUUGGAUAUUACCUGUUGUGGAGAAACAGUGGAGAUUAUCUUUACCAGUCCAAUUUAUUCCAAUUUACAGGAAUUACGUUUGGAACUACACGAGUCCUCUAACCAAACUUUAGAUAUUUCCCUCGUGUCGAAAUGCACCACUCUAGUCAAUUUAAAAACCCUGGACCUUUGGAGAACAGAGUAUUUAGCUGAAUUGGAAGAAGAAAUCAAGAGAAAUCCAACCUUUUCAAAGGUGAAGAAUUUGAAAGUGCCCAAACCAAAGAACCUUAAAAAGUGUGGCAAAAGUUUUGGAAGAUCUUAUUAA